AGAGCAGAAAGGUUCUAUUUCUUAUUUUUUUCGUUGCUUUUGGCAAAAUACUGCCGCCUAUUGGCCAUGAAUCUAAGAUAUGUUAUUGGUCCGUUUUGUAUUGUGUGGGCUAGCCAAUGAGCAAAGGGCUGGAGGACUAUGUAAACUCCUGUUUGAAGAAAACCAUUGUCAUUACUUUGAAGCAUUUACGUACCGAAGUAAAACAUGUCUGGAAGAGGUAAAACCGGAGGCAAAGCCAGGGCGAAGGCCAAGACCCGCUCAUCUCGUGCCGGGCUUCAGUUCCCCGUCGGCAGAGUGCACAGGCUCCUCCGUAAGGGUAACUAUGCUCACCGCGUCGGAGCCGGUGCUCCCGUCUACCUGGCGGCGGUUCUCGAGUAUCUGACCGCUGAGAUCCUGGAGUUGGCUGGAAACGCGGCCCGCGACAACAAGAAGACCCGCAUCAUCCCCCGCCAUCUGCAGCUGGCCGUCCGCAACGACGAGGAGCUCAACAAACUCCUAGGCGGAGUGACCAUCGCCCAAGGCGGUGUGCUGCCCAACAUCCAGGCCGUCCUUCUGCCCAAGAAGACCGAGAAGCCCGCCAAGAAAUAGAUUAUAAAUCUACCUUUAACCCCAAAGGCUCUUUUAAGAGCCACCCAGAUUUAACCAAAGAGCUACAUCUUUUAAACCGGUAAACGCCACUGCUUUUAAAGUUAACAUAGUUCCUUUAGGUCGGGUUGGAGUCCCGACGUGGGUUCCAGCGAGACUGUUGAUCUUAAAGACAUUGCACUUUCUAUUUUUACUUAAAUGCCUAAUUAACUUUCCCUUUUUAUUAUCUGUUUUUACCAGAAAAAUACAUGAUCUGAUACCAGAGAGAAAGGAUAAGGGUUUGAGACCCAAUUUCUGUCUGGGUUAGAGUCCCAGAGAAAGGACCAUCUUCCUUGGGUCGGGUUGGAGUCUUAGGGAAAGACCUGAGUUCUGUCUGGGUUAGAGUCCUGACGUCUGUCU